AUGGCUACCUUCGAAGAUGAUCCUCUCCUGUUAGACAUGGAGUUGGACUUGAAACUUGGUAGAAUUAGAACACAGGUUAACUCGAAACUUGAAAAUCAAAAACAGCUGUCUCUUGUACUUCAGGCUGUGGAUGAAAACUUGAAGGAUCAAAAGCAGAAGCAGAGUCCCGUCACAUACUUUGUCUCCUUCCUUUCUCUUCUGGAUCAGUGCUGUGAUGGUGAAAACAUAAAAGAUGGAAACCUUGCUGGUGUGGCUCUUUAUUUUCUGGACUUGGUGUCUCCGUACACGCCAAAACAGCUUUUAAGAUCAAAAUUUAGUGAAAUUGUUGCACGUCUAGCUCCCGCAUUAUCAAGCGACGAGUCUGCAGCUCCAUUGCUGAGAUCUAGUAUUGGAGUCCUUGAAAGUCUUCUUGUUGCUCAAGAGACCGGUGCUUGGAUCAAUUCGAAUAACUAUAAGAUCAGUCCAAAAAGAGGUCUUACAGGUCUGCUCCAGCUGUCUAUGGACCACAGACCAAAGGUUAGAAAGAGAGCACAAGAGGCUGUGCACAAAAUUUUGAGUACUGUUCCGGCUGGCCCUUCUCUCGAGCAUCCUGCUUCAACCCUUUGUGGUGAAUUUGCACUCAAUUCUGUCAUGAAGUUGUUGGAGAGACAACAACAAGAAAAGAAGAAUAAAGAACUCAAUACGGAAAUAAUACACAACUUGCAACUGAUUGCUGCUAUUACGAAGGCCAAUUCAUGGCCCUUGAAACAAAUACUGCCGCUUUGUGAUGUUCUUCUGGUUGUGGCCAAGACCAGUGAUCAAUACUUGGUUUCCUCCUCGUUUGAAGCUUUCGAAGGACUCUUUCAAUCUAUGAAUGACAAAGUUGACGAAGAUAAAUUUGUUCAAGUCUUGAAUGUGCUAUUUGAUCUCAAACCAGCCGUUAAUGAUCAGCAUCUGGCACCGUCUUGGCUGGCAGUUAUUGCUAGGGCUCUCAUUUCCUACUCCAAGUCUGUGGACGCAUAUAAAUGUGUUUUAAAGCUGCCAGAUGUCUUCAAGAUUGUCGGCCACUUUUUCUUGAGCGAAAAUCCCAAUGUGCGUAUUAGUGCUUCGCAAUGCCUGAUUGCAAUUAUCACUGAUUCUGUUGAUGUGAAAUACCUUCUUGAACCACCGAAGACUCUCCCCGAGGUCUUCGAGAACGUCGAAGAAAUUAUAGAACAACUUUCUGAGCUAACUAAUGAAUUCCUGACUGUCAAGUAUAGGGAAUCCGCCAAGGAAAUUUGUGAAGUCAUCAUAAGCAUUUUGGCUAAAUUUGGCUCUCGUGCCGGCCCUUACUUUACUAGCCACCUACAGAUUAUUGGAGAAUGGCGUUCUAAUGAAUUAGAAGGAUUUGAGCUUAAUCAGGUUAGUGAAAAUGUCAUUGCAGUUGCUAUCAGCUCGAUUGGGCCAGAAGAAGUUUUGAAAACGCUCCCACUGAAUCUCACCAAUUCGCAAGCUACUGGACGAGCUUGGCUACUACCGCUUCUGAGAGACAAUAUAAGGCAUGCUAGCCUUGGGUUUUACAUUUCUGAGAUUCUUCCAAACGUGGAAUUCUUUGAACAAAAAAUUGCUGAAGGAAAUCCAGAAUCUAUGAACAUUAAGAUAUUUGCCACAAUUGUGGAUCAAAUUUGGUCUCUCCUGCCUCACUUUUGUGAUCUCCCUACCGAUUUAACGCAGAGUUUCACCGACGAUUUUGCCUCUAAACUGGCAGCCCUUUUGUAUGAAAAAGCCGAUUUAAGAAACACGAUUUGUCAUGCUUUGAAGCUCCUGGUGGAAAGCAAUGUCACCUAUUCAUUGGGAGUUUUGGAGGACGUGAUUUUGGCACAGAAAUUCCCCUUAGAGGAAGCCAAAAAGAACAUCGAAUAUCUUUCGGCUACAAAGGCAUCCAAAUUGUUGUCGGUGCUAUUCAAUGUCUUCUCUCAAACUUCAAUGGCCCAGAGAGGUUUUAUUCUGGAGACAAUUGACGCCUAUUUGCAAAUCUCGAAGCCUGAGGAUCUUUCGGCCACCUUUGACAAGGUUUGCUCAAUCUUGAAGCAAGCAUUGGAUGACGAGAAGGAAACCGAUAUGAUCAAGACGGACGAGCCAGCUGCGAAAUCGAGUAUUCCAAAAUUGUCGAUUACCAUGAUGGACUUGAUAGUUUUGAUGGCUAAAUACGUCCCUGAGUCUUGCUACAAUGCGUUAUUCUCGAUCUUCAACCAGACAGUUAAAAUUGCGGAUGUUCAGAUUCAAAAGCGUUCCUACAGAAUCAUCAGUCGACUACUGGAGCCUGAUGCUGGUCAGAAAGCUGUUUUGAAUUUCAUUUCUAAUAUUUUGUCUCUUCUUCUCGAAACCACGGAAACCACCAUGACGGCUGCCAAAUCAGCGAGAUUUGCGCUGAUCCUAGAUAUCAUCAAGAUUUUACCAGCAGACAACCUGCACUUCAUUCCUGCUGUUGUCUCAGAGGUGAUCAUCAGCACAAAGAGUGUGAACGAAAAGACCAGAGAGUCUGCUUAUGAGACUCUUAUCGUCAUGGCUGCUAAAAUGGUUGAAUACGAGGGAGCCCCAGUCAAAAACUCGAUGAAUGAUCCCGAGAUGCCCGAUUCUACCGCUUCGCUUCAAGAAUUCUUCACCAUCUGCUCUGCAGGCUUGGUGGGUGCCACCCCUAACAUGAUCAGUGCUGCUAUUACCUCGCUUGCUCGCUUAGUCUAUGAAUAUCAUGCGAAACUGGAUAUCCAAUUUUUAUCCGAACUAUACCAGACAGUUGAACUAUUUUUGACUUCUAAAAACAGGGAAAUCAUCAAGGCUACACUUGGUUUUGUCAAAGUUGCGAUUUUGAGUUUGCCAGAAGAGAUGGUUGCACAGAAUAUGAAAGGUUUACUGACGAACUUGAUGACUGCCUCUCACGAGCACAAGAAUCAUUUCAAAUCGAAGGUUAAACAUAUCAUCGAGAGGCUGAUUCGCAAGUUCGGUGUCGAUCUUGUUGAAGAAUGCAUCCCCGAGGAGGACAGGAAACUCGUUGCCAAUAUUAAGAAGGCUAAGGCCAGGGCCAAGAAAAAGAAGUCACAAGCUACGGGUACAAAUGCUGCAGAGUCAGGGGUGAUGUCUGGUUACGAGGCUGCUUUGUACAGCGAUUCUGAGUCCGAGGAGGAGGAGGAGGAUCAACCUACUGGAAGGCCUCAGCAGUACAUAUCCGAAUCUAAAGAGAUGCCGCUUGAUCUGCUGGACAAACAGACACUUACUCACAUAUCGUCUUCGAAGCCAAAGAAAUUCACGAAAAAGACUUUGGAGAACGAGUUCAAGACCAAGAAUGGUAAGUUAAUCAUUGAAGAUGCGGAAGAGCAGGACGAUGUGCUCAAUAAAGACUCCAUCGAUGCCUAUGUUGAGGCCGUUAGGCAAGGACCAAUCAGGGGCCAGAAGAACAGACUAAGAUACAAGCAUAAGAAAGGAGAUGACAUUGAUUGGGACGAAGAGUCGGAUAAUGAGUCCAAAUCGAAACCAAAAACCUCCAACAAGGUUCAAAAACCUCAGCGGAAACAGAAGAAGAAGUACAAAUCUAACAGACGUUUAUAG